AUGCAUUCAUAUCAAUCUGCUGAUGACAUAAGCGCUUUGAACAAUCUCCUCGCUAAACCACCACAGGAACAAGUAUCAGAACUAAAUACUUUAACUCAUGUGAACCAAGAAUAUGGUAAAGAAAAUCUUGAAACGCCUAUUGAUUUAUACUUUUACCUAAAUAACCCUAAUGGACUAAAUACAGGUAAUGAAAACAAAAUUAAAUAUAAUGUUGAUAACGGAUAUGCAGGACCUUACGCAACCGAAUAUGUAAACUAUAGUGAUCAUAAGCCAAUCACAGAAGAAGUCGAUGAUAUAGAAGAAGAUAAAGUUCCUAAUUUAAAACUACAACCUAUUGCUCAAACACCAACAGUCAUGCCACAUGUGUUUGAAGAUCCAACGACAACAAAAAGUAAUUAUUACAAAAUAGAAGUGGAACAAACUGUUAGUGGAAAUUUGCAUGGAAAAGGGCUUGAAUUUCCCGUCCAACACAAGCCUAGUUAUCCUGCAGUGAAGUAUGAGAAACCUUUGAACAUUUACCACCAGGAAACCAAUACGGAGAUCCAGUACGCAGCGAACUACGAAUUCGGGUAUCGAGUUCGUGAUCACGAAACUGGAAAUGAUUUCGGUCAUCAAGAGGCGAAAUCUGGAGACAAAACCCAUGGUUCCUACCACGUACUCCUACCUGAUGGUAGACUGCAGCAGGUCAAGUACUCCGCUGGUCCCGAUGGCUUCCACGCUGACAUUUCCUAUGAUCAUCUACAAAGCAACGUUUAG